UGGGGCGGUCCUGAGGCCGGGAGCUCCCUGGCUUGCAGCGGCCGGUCACCGCUGUCCGCCCUGCCACGCAGCUGCAAAGGCUUGGUCCCGCCGGAACGCCGCAGGAAGAGAGGCGACGCCCCCUGGAUCUCCGCAGGAACCCCGGCCCGCCUCCCAGUCCGCCGGGCCCCAGAAGUGAUGAAAGCUGCGGCCGAGCCCCGGUCGCGCCGAAGCCGUUGCCCUUUUAAGGGGGAGCCUUGAAACGGCGCCCGGGUUCCAUGUUUGCAUCCGCCUCGCGGGGAGGAAACUCCAUGUUGUAACAAAGUUUCCUCCGCGCCCCCUCCCUCCCCCCCCCCCCGAGAACCUGGCUCCCCUCCCCUCCGAAGCUCGCGGGGAUCCCUCCCUCCCACCCUCCCCUCCCCCCCGCGCCCCGAUUCCGGCCCGAGCCGGGGGGGAGGCCGGGCGCCGGGGCCAGAGUCCGGCCGGAGUGGAGCGCGCCGGGCCCCAUGGACAGCUCGGCCGUCAUUACUCAGAUCAGCAAGGAGGAGGCGCGGGGCCCGCUGCGGGGCAAAGGUGACCAGAAGUCAGCAGCUUCCCAGAAGCCCCGGAGUCGGGGCAUCCUCCACUCACUCUUCUGCUGUGUCUGCCGAGAUGAUGGGGAGGCCCGGCCUGCCCACAGUGGGGCUCCCCUGCUGGUGGAGGAAAAUGGCACCAUCGCUAAGCAGACCCCAGUCCAGUACCUGCUUCCCGAGGCCAAGGCCCAGGACUCGGACAAGAUCUGCGUGGUCAUCGACCUGGAUGAGACCCUGGUGCACAGCUCCUUCAAGCCAGUGAACAAUGCUGACUUCAUCAUACCCGUGGAGAUUGAUGGGGUGGUUCACCAGGUCUACGUGCUGAAGCGGCCCCAUGUGGAUGAGUUCCUACAGCGAAUGGGCGAACUCUUUGAGUGUGUGCUUUUCACUGCCAGCCUUGCCAAGUAUGCAGACCCUGUAGCUGACCUGUUGGACAAGUGGGGAGCCUUCCGUGCCCGGCUGUUUCGAGAAUCAUGUGUCUUCCAUCGGGGGAACUAUGUGAAGGACCUGAGCAGGCUGGGCCGUGACCUGCGGCGGGUGCUCAUCUUGGACAACUCACCCGCCUCCUAUGUCUUCCAUCCAGAUAAUGCUGUACCAGUGGCCUCCUGGUUUGACAAUAUGAACGACACUGAGCUCCAUGAUCUUUUACCCUUCUUUGAGCAACUCAGCCGCGUGGACGACGUCUACUCAGUGCUCAGGCAGCCUAGGCCCGGGAGCUAGUGAGGCGUCUUGGGGCCAGGACCUGCCCCUCACCAAGGCCCAAACCUCAUCCCAUCAGACUGUGGGAGCCUGCCUAUGCUGUUAACAAAACGCAUGGGCUCUGCAAUAUCCAUGGCCCUGGGGAAGAGGGUGUCUCCCCUGCCAGGCUGCAUGGAGGACAAUGAGCCCUUGGGCCCCUCCCCCCUGUCUCAGUGCCUUCAGACUUCUUAUCCCCUUCUCAGGGGACCUGGGGGGCCCUGUCUGUCGCUCCCCCCCUUCUGUCUUCCCUUCUCCAUGCUGCCAUGUUUCUCUGCUGCCAAAUUGGGUCUCAUAGCCCCAGUUCUGCUUUGGGGGUAGGGCAAGGUUUUUGCUGCCCUGUGCCUUGGGUUCACCUCCCCCACACCCCCACCCGGCAUCCUGGGAACAGUGGACACCAAGUGCCUUGCAUAGAACCCUCUUUGCCGGUCGGUCAGCUUUUCCCAGAUCUAGGCUGACCUGGGAGGAACCAGUCUCUCCCCUUACUGUCCUCCUUCCUGGGAUGAUGGUGCCCACCAGUUUCUGCAUGGGAGGGAGAGGGAGAAAGUCUAUUACCAGUUGGGGACCUUCCUUAGGGAACACUCCCAGUUCAGCUUGUCCAAGGCUGACGGCUGCUCCCUUAUCAUUUAAGCCCCCAAUCUCACCUGGGGGUUGGCAGGACUCCCCUGUGGUGCCAUAUAAAUAUGUAUAUGUGUAUAUAGAUUUUUAAGGGAAGGAGGAAAGGGUGGGAAGAGACACCCCUCCCUCACCCCUUCCCUGGGCCCAGAAAUUGGGGGAGGGAGGGAAAAGAUUUUUACAUUUUUAAAACUAUUUUCUGAAUGGAACAAGCUGGGCUGUGAGGGGUCACAGGCCUCAUCUUCUGUCUGUCCCAACCCUUUUACUGUAUUCAUCCAAAACAUUUAUUGAGUAUCUUCUCUGCCCAGCAGGGAGCUAGUCCCACCACCUGAGUGGGAGGGGGGUUCUCUGCUUCAUCUCUGGUGCCUCACUCCUGAACCCCAAACUUCACUGGUGCCUUCAGACUAUCUGCAGGAGUGGACCCUUCUUGUGAGGUUCGGGAGGUCUUCAUGAAAGCUUACUAAGCUGUUCCCCUCUCCAGUGCCAACUCACACCCCCUCGUCCCGUCCGUCCCUGCCCCCACCCCCAGCCUCCUCCAUAGCCCCCUGCUGGCUGGGGGCAGCUCCCAGGUCACUCUGCCAACUGACUUGUUUCUAAAGCCCCUCCCCACACCUGCUGAGUCUGGUGUUCAAGUCCCUUGGGCUCUCUUUCCAGAAUAUGAGGGUUAAGUGGACCCACAAAUAAGUGCCAAGGGAGUUGGUGAAGGGAGAGGAUAUGGUUGGCCUGAAUCGGAUGACCUUCCCAGUUAAGUGCCUUCUCUGUGACCAGCACCAUCGUGUGAUAACUAAAGAGAAAGCUAGACCCCUUCCUGUUCGGCCUCUGUGGUUUUUGGGGAGGGGACUUGAAGUGCGUGAACGUCUCACCACGCCUGUGACUACUUUUCAGAACCUUGCUGGGCAGGAGGAAGUUGGCCCGGAGGGACUGCCUGGGCACUGGACGUCAGGUCGAUCUGAGUUCGGUCGCCAGAACCCACGUGAUGGGAAGAGAACGCCAGCUCCCGCAAGUUGUCCUCUGACCUCACACGUACCAUGGCACGAGCUCGCCCCCACACCUACACGCACUCUAAAUAAAUAAAAGAACACAC